AUCCCAUCAGUGCUUCUAGCGUGGCCUUCUAUCUCCGAAAACAGCAUCGGUGUCCACACUCGGCGACCCCUUUGGAGGAUAUCGUUAUUUAAUAUCACGGCAACAUCUCACUCUGCAUCGUAUCACCCGUAGCCAUGGGCUUUUUCAAUCGUCGAGGUCGCGAGGGCACCGACCACCACCAUCGUGCGAACGAUGUCAGAAAGAGCCGACAUGUUGACCACACUUACAGCAUGGCCAGUCGCCCAAGCUUUGGUCAGUGGCUGAAGGUCACUUGGCUUGAUAUACUAACCUUUGUAAUCAUGGGUGUCAUUGGCUUGGGUAUUUACGAAGCACCGCCAGCGCCCACACGGUCAUUCGCAGUCACCUUUCCUUCCGAUGGUGAGGUUGUAUACCCGGAGUUCGCAUACCCCUUGCGGAAGGAAAUCAUCCCAAUCUGGUUGGCCGCAUUCCUAGCCGCUAUCGUCCCCAUCCUCGGCAUUCUCAUCAUGCAAAUCCGCGUCCGCUCUUUCUGGGACGUCAACAACGGCAUUAUCGGCCUGCUCUAUUCUCUGAUUGGCGCCGCUGUCUUCCAGGUCUUCAUCAAAUUCCUCAUCGGUGGUCUCCGCCCUCACUUCCUCGAUGCCUGCAAGCCCGACAUCAGUCUAGCUAGGAACGGUCCCGGUGUCGAAGGUUCGCCAUACAAUGCCGCCGGAUUCAACCAGCUCUACUAUACACGUGAGAUCUGUACUGGGGACCCCAAGGAGAUCAACGACUCACUCGAAUCGUUCCCUUCGGGACAUUCCACCGCUGCCUUUGCAGGCUUUGUAUACCUCUAUCUGUACCUCAACGCUAAGCUCAAGGUUUUCUCAAACUAUCACGCUGCGAUGUGGAAGAUGAUCAUGAUCUAUAUCCCCAUCCUUGGCGCCGUUCUUAUUGCGGGAGCGCUUACUAUAGAUGAGUACCACAACUGGUACGAUGUGGUCGCUGGAGCAAUUAUUGGCACUGUGAUGGCAUUUUCAUCAUACCGCAUGUGCUACGCUGCCAUCUGGGAUUGGCGCUUCAACCACGUUCCUCUGAACCGUAGCCAGGCUUGCCGAUACACCCAUGACGGUGAGCUCAUGGACGCCAUGUGGACGCGGAAAGCUGGCUGGGGAACGGGCUCGUCAUCCUACGGCGAUAAGUACAAUGGCUAUGAUAAUGGCAUGUAUAGUUCUGGUGCUGCGGGUCCCGGUAUCCCUCGCAAGGCAGUGCCCAAUAACCAACGCCGGGCAGACGACAUUGUCUAAGCUAACUAUCGAAUCCUGUUGAACAGGUGACGGCAAUGGAGACAUUGGACAAGCAAUGAUUUAAUUUUUAAUGCUAGCUUCAAUGCUGAUAUACUUAUUGUUACUGUUCAUAAUACUCCAAACGCGUUGGGAAUUUGGCGUUGGUUUAGGCGGCAAUUUUUACGAAGGCUCGUGGAAAGAUGGCGACGCGAAAGUGAAAACGCGCGCAUGAACGAGAUCAUGAAUUAAUACCCAGUAGAGGCCUUACGAGCUUUCCUACUCAAUCAAAUGUUUACUCAUUUUACGCACAAUUGCAUGCCAUUGUCAGAGACUAUGACGCUUCCAAAGC